UCUAGCUAGCAGCGCAAUUAAAACUACGAAUUUACGUGGCAUAAUUUACGUUGUUAAACUUGUUAUGUUACAAUUUUGUUAAGCUUUAUCAAAUAACAAGUUCAUCUAUAUUGUCAUUCCAUAAAUACAACUCUCGUAGAUGUACGACUUUGGGCGUUUAGCUGUAGGAUUCAUUUAGGGAAGACGAUUUACCAGGAUCCGGAUUUGACUCGAAAUCACCAAGUCCAAGGCACAGCUGCAGGACUUGACCGGACCUCGAAAAGACAGGAUCGGAAGACUGUCGGCGGGGCCGGGGCCGCCUCGUUGGCUUGGUGCUGCAUGCUGCCGGCAUAGUCCAGCUCCAUGUAUGUUAAUCGGGAUAAUCAUCAGAUGCGGAAACACAGAUUCUAUCAUUGACUGUAAGAGCGACUGAUAAUCAUGCCUCUGGUGGCAGGUUUGAUCUACACUGUGUAUGGGACCUUCGCUGGUCUUGUGACAGCAUGUGUGCUGCUGACAUUAAUUUCCAAGAGGCUGAGCGGUCAGCAGCAUAGCACUGGUAACAAUCCAACAUUUGUUCAAUUCCAGAGGAAAUAUUUUUUGGCCUACUUCCUUGCCCUUGCUGCUGAUUGGCUUCAAGGACCGUAUCUUUAUAAACUAUACAGUUACUAUGGUUUUCUUGAGUCACAGAUUACUGUACUUUAUGUCUGUGGAUUUGCUGCAAGUGUAGUCUUUGGGAGUCUCACGAGCACCUUGGCUGAUCGAUUUGGUCGCAAGAAAUUGUGUAUAACCUUCUGUAUAGUGUACUCUGUAUCAUGUUUCAUGAAGCUUUCAAGAAGCUAUGGACUUCUUAUCAUUGGUAGGAUUCUUGGAGGAGUGUCAACAUCUCUUCUGUUCACAGCGUUUGAGGCAUGGUAUGCGCAUGAACACCUUGAAACGCAUGACUUCCCAAAGGAGUGGCUUUCUGUUACCUUCUCAAAGGCAACUGUGUGGAAUGGAGCUCUUGCUGUUGGUGCAGGAAUUGUCGCAAACAUCAUCGCUGGGCCGUUUGGCUGGGGCCCAGUCUCGCCAUUUCUUCUAGCCAUCCCUCUUCUCGUUGCUUCGGGACUGAUCGUGGCUACUUCAUGGAAGGAGAAUUACAGCGAGCAACGUGUCAACUGCUCUAAAACCUGCGGUGAAGGAAUGCGACACAUCGUCAGUAGCCGACGGAUGAUGCUAAUUGGUGCAAUGCAAUCACUCUAUGAGAGUGUCAUGUAUAUCUUCAUCUUUAUUUGGACACCAGUCCUUGAUCCCUAUCAACUUCCGCUAGGUCUUAUCUUUUCUAAUUUCAUGUUGUGUAUCAUGAUCGGAUCAUCUCUCUAUCAAAUCCUCACCAGCUUCAGACAUUCUCCUGUAGUUCUAGUCAAUGCAGCUAUCAUUAUAGCACUCGUAUCAACUCUUAUUUGUGUAGGUUCUACUAAACCUCUUCAGGAGCAUCCAACAGUUUCCUACUUUGCCUUCCUCCUGCUAGAGCUGGCUUGUGGGAUCUAUUUCCCUGCGAUGGGUUUCCUUCGAGGCAAGAUCCUUCCUGAGUCCCAUCGAGCUGGAAUAAUGAACUGGUUCCGUGUUCCACUCAACUUAAUAGCAUGUAUUGGUCUCAUGGUACUUCAUGAUGAACCUACUAAGGCUGGUACUAGACAUAUCUUUAUUAUCUGUUCAGCAUUAUUAGGUGUUGCUCUGUGUUGUGGAGUGCAGUUUGGUUCAAUUACAAAGAAUGACUCAACUCUUACAGAGGAUGGUGAAAGUAGUGAUAUCGCAUAGAGAGGCAUUGAACUUUGUUAUUCCAUUUUGUGUUUUCUAAAUUACUAAUAAAGGGAAAAC